AAUAAGCGUCUGCCUGCAAGUGACGGUGACUUCCAAAAGGGGACAAAUGUGAUCAACAACUUUGCAUUCGUUCAUUCUGAAGAGUUGUAUCAAUGUUCAUUCUAACGCUCAUCAGUUUAUGCUUUGCUGUGUUUGUGGAUGCAGGAAAACCUGAGCCACGAUUAUUCUGCAAAUGUUUCUGUGGAUCCAACAGCACCGUCUUUGAGUUACCUUUGACGGAUCCCAAACCGUGCGCGAAUUGUACCAAGCAAUUUUGCUUGGAUAAUGUUGAAGAGGGUAUAUGCGAUGGUAUCGCGGAUGCCACAUGUCCCAGUAACGAUUUCAAAACCGCUUGUUUCGCGCGCGAUUCUUUCAAAGACGAAAUGAUUAUUCGAUCUUUCCUGUUCCUGGCUUUUGCUUUGGUCCUUUUUGCAGCUGCCAAGCCAUAUAUUGACAAAUGGCGACAGCAACGUCGUGAACGCAAUCAAUAUCGCGCCGUCGCAAGUACCGACUAUUAGCCUUUCUUCCUGCCCCAUACCCAUGAUAAAUGAAACAGCUGGCUGUAUCUGAGCAACCUUUUUUAAUAACUAUCAAUUGCAGACCUGAAUACAUGAUGCAAAACUUAUUAAUCUCCUUAUUUGAUUCAGUGUUUGAGCUUUGCAAUUAGCCACGUGAGGGUAUUAUUUAAAAGCUUGCCAUCUCAUAUAGGAUGCAUUUAUCUACG